UCCUCUUCCAUCUUUGCUCCUCCCCGCUUAGGGAAAGGCCACAGAAGGUGAAGUUCUGUGUGCUCCCUCCGACUAGAGACUUUGUCAGGUACCGCACAGUAACGUGGAAGUCCAAGAAUCUGAGUGGAGACUCACCGAGGCGAAGGGGCCAACCAUGGGAAAGGAGAGUGGAUGGGGUUCAGCUGUGACUGUGGGGACUGUGCCCGUGGAGCUCGGUGCCAUGGGCUUCACCUCAGUAGGAAUCGCCGCGUCCUCCAUAGCAGCCAAGAUGACAUCUACAGCGGCCAUUGCCAAUGGGGGUGGAGUUGCCGCGGGCAGUCUGGUGGCUACUCUGCAGUCAGUGGAGGCAGCUGGACUCUCCGUGACAUCCAAAGUUAUCCUGGGCUCUGCUGGGACAGCUCUUGGGGCCUGGCUGGGUUCACCCCUUCCACUCCCCCAGCUGAACACCGCACUGAGGCAAGGAGGUGGCUCUCUUGGUGGAGAUGACUCUCCUGGGCCUCUGGAUGACAGUCUUCCAAAGGACAAGUCCCCUACUCCCAAAAUUCUUCAAGGAAGCAUGAAAAAUAAAGAUGCUGGUGAUCUUCUCCUAGUCUGCAUUCCCACAGGACUCUCCCUGGGAUGCUGGCUGAGCUGA